AUGGAAAGUCAGUCAAGCAUAGACAUUGAAAAUAAAGAGAAUAUAUCAAUAGAACCUUCUCCAGUAGUGGAAGAGGAAUUUCAGGGCGUAAACGGCGUCAACAUUACAUUACCUAUAUCACCUCAGACAAAUUCUCGCCGUUCAAUGUCAACUAUUAGUACUGAUUCGCUCACGCACCAUCCUUUACAGAAUCUUGAUGAAGAAGAAAUCGAAUCACUAUGGUCAGGUCAACUUAGUAGGCGUUCUCCUUCGUCCUCUUCAAUUUCAUCGUUGUCUUCUUUGCAGCCAAAAUUUUCAUCAUCACAUCUUGUACCCGGAGAUUCACUUGGAGGACUAAUUCUGGCAAAACUUCGUGAAAUGAAUGACGAAUUUUCUGAUAUUAUUCAAUUAUUGAUAGCGAAAAAGGCUACACUUUGUCUUCCUGCAUCUGCAGUGGGUCCAUUUGAGAAUGUGGACCGAAUUCUUCUUCAAGAUCAUGUGAUGGUUACCCAGACGAUAGAUGACGAGAUCAAAGUGUUGACCUUAGGUGGAUUGACUGGGUUCAUUCAAAAGGAUGCUUUUAAGGCGAUAGGUCUGAUGUCAUCGGAAAAGGAUAUUUUGACUUCCAUAACAGAGAGUCAAAAAAAUCGCAAAUCUAUAUUUGAUGCUUUUUCUAAACCCAAUGAUUAUUCCCGCGAAUAUCCAUCAAUUAAAAUCAUCAAUGGUAGCGCCGACUUACUUUUGCAUGGAAUGACCAUUCAAACAAUUGUAAUUGAGUCUCCAAUAAUGACGAAAGAAAUCGUGGAUAACAUUGAGACAAAAAAUGCAAUAGAACAAGAAGUCGGAAAGGCAGAUUUGCCGGAACCCAUAUUAAAAGAAAUUUUCAGUUUCAUAGAAGAAUUCUCUAAAAAACCACCUCAAGAUGAAGAUUCAUCGAGUGAUGAAAUUCAAAGGUUAUACGAAAAUAUCCGUUAUCACUUUGAAUCGCAACUUGCAGUAGCUGGUGAAUUGGCCGAGGCUAGGGAAAAUGAAAUUGAUGAAUCCAUGAAUAUUGUAGAAAAAUACGUUUGUACAUCACUCUAUGAAUUUUUAUUUUGCCCAAAAUGGUCGGAUGAUGGUUUACAGGAUGAUAGUUUAGGGUCACGGAUAGCCGCUUUAAAUAUCCUGGAGCUGAACCUUUCCUCUCUUGGUGUUAACGUUGGACCGCACCAGCAAACAUUUAUUGACUUUGCUGUAAAAGAAGCAAGUGCGGAACUGCAAAGUUUGGAACAAAAGAAAUCGCCGUAUGAGAAACUAAACAGUAUCAUUCACUGCCAUAAAAUUAUUGUUGAUGCUCUCGAAAAAAGAUUGUCAAACAUUAAUACAGAUAAUAACGAUAAACCAAGUCCAAUCAACCACAACGAUCACGUUAAAUCAAAAUCUACUGCUGCUUCUCCAGCUUCGAUUCCCUUACCAGAUUCUCCUACAACAUCAAAUGGUUCGAGUGUACCUACUUCACCAACUUUCCCACCGGAAGAAAAAUAUAACCCUAAUGCGGAUGUAAUUUUACCGCUCUUAAUAUUUAUCUUAAUUAAAUCUAAUCCAAAAAAGCUGGUAUCUAAUUUAAAGUUCAUACAACGAUAUCGAGUACGGAGUUUAUUACACGGAGAGUCGGCAUAUUGUUUUACAAACUUUUUGGCCGCUGUUUCAUUCUUGGAGGAUGCGGACUACAAAAGGUUGGGUCUGCCUUCAGAUAAGGUGUUCAGCGAACCCAUAUCGGCAGAAAGUACAAAGGUUCCAUUAGAGCAGCGUGUGAGUCGCAAAGUUGGGCAGGACAUUGUUGGUGUAGCCGAUAGCGGACUUAAAGCUAUUACAGGAGUUAUGGACACUUCAUAUAAAAUGAUUGGUAGAGUAUUUGGAUAUAAUGAAAACGUAAUCACCGGCAAUCCUUCUACAAUCACAAAUGAAAAAGUCAAGGAAAAUUCGACAACACAUCAGCAUCUGACAAAGACCAAAGUCAACGAUAUUGUAGUGAAUUCUGGAAUACCGACUGAAAUAAUAGUAAGAGAAUUGGCGGAGAUCAAUUCUAGUAAACACGAUGCAGAAGACUUUGAUGACGGAAAUAUGGUAAAUAAAAACAUGCAGGCCGUCGAAUCAAAAUCUCUGACUGAACGAUUACUUCCUUAUAACGUACUAUCACGAUUUUCAUCCGAUCGAGGCCGUCCUGGAGAAAACAAGGGGACAAGUAACGUUAAAAUAGCACCCCCGCUCAAAAAAGUUCAUAGAUUGUCCGAUAGAGGAAUUUCGCGUGUCAGAUGUUCCAG